AUGGCUGCGGGAGGAGAUGGCGUCCUCCAUCUUGUCGGGCCCACUCGGAACCGGUCUGUGGGGCUGGGCGACGUGUCCCCUGCAGACCCCGCUGCGGCCCGCCAUUCGGCAAGGGACAGCCUACUCCCGGCGUCUGCGUGGGGCCCAAGGAGACCCAGACCCCGUUCCCACCCCGAAGGCCAAGAUGGAGGCCCAGGGGCGCCACUGGAGCCGGGCCCGCUGCGAGUCUCUGGGCGCCGCCGCCGCCCGCCUGCGUCUCCCCCUAGUGGCGGAGUGGGAUUUAAUGGAAGUUGGCCAAACACCAUUUGA